GCUCCCAAGAAACUUCCGGCGUCCUUGUCUGUUGCGUGUUUUUCUUGCGGCGGUUCACGUUUGCUGCUGCUCGCGAAAUGUUUUCGCCACAAUUAUCAUCCGCUCUUGGACAAACACAUCGAGGGCCUUGCUGUGUUGUCCCUGGAUGCAGCCUGCGGUCUGGCACCAACCUCCUUUCGCAAGUGCGAACAUUCAGGUUUCCCAGAGAAAGCGACAGACGGGACGCCUGGAUCGCAGCAGUGCGAAGGGAUAAAUGGGUGCCUACAAAGAGCUCUCAGAUUUGUUCUGCUCAUUUCAUCCAAGGCCGGCCGUCGUCAGACCCUACCCAUCCGGACUAUGUCCCUACAAUAUUUCCGUACCGUGAUCAAGGCAACACGAACCAGAAACUUCAGCGGUACCAGCGUGGCCAAAGGAGGCGCAGUGUGCAAGCUAGCGGACCUGCAGUGGGGAGCAAAAGUGCACAGGUGCAAAUAUGUGUACCUACUGCAAGUGACCUUGCAACAUCGUCAGUAACUGACAAUAAUGUUGGCCUCGAGGAUUACACUAAAGAUUCUUGUGAAGCUGAAACAGAGACAACACUUACUAUGGUUGAUAUAUCUGCUCUUACUUUAGAGAAUGCAGCACUAAAAGAUAAGGUUGCUUGUUUAGAAGAACAGCUGGCAUCAGCAAAGAAAAAAAAUGCGGAGCUUGAGAUGAAAAAUCAGCCAGUUCCGAUUCGGAAGAUAACUAGGGACAUUGUUAUGAAGUCUCAGAAAGCUGUUAAGUUCCACACAGGUGUCGUGUCUGCAGAAAUGUUUGCUGCAUUGCUUCAAAUGGUUCUGUCUGUCUGGAGCCCAACAACUCGAACAACCCUGGAUCCAGAGCAGCAGCUCAUUUUAGUGCUUAUGAGACUGCGUCUGGGACUUCUGACGGAAGAUCUAGCAUUUCGGUUUGGCAUUUCUGUAACUUCCGUAAGCCGCAUUUUUCAUUCGUGGCUAGAUGUCUUAGCUGAGAACUUCAAGAAGCUCUUGAUUUGGCCAUCUCGUAGAACACUGCAAUCUAGGUGCCCUGAGGCAUUCAAAGAUGCUGCAUUCGAGAAUCGCGAGAGAGCAGAACGGCCCCGCACAGCACAAUCUUCGCAGGGCCCUUCUUCAUCUCGGCCCCAGACAUCAUCGGGGUCCUCCUACUGCAACGGCGUUGGUGGCUUGCCCGUUGUGGGUGCGCCACUCUACACUACACAGCCGUCCUUCUACUCCUCGUCUCCUGUAGACCUCACCUGGCAAGACUGA